CUGGUGUGUGUUUCCUGGCCGUUGUGACCCGGGACCAGCCCCAGGAACAGGCCUGUACCGGGCCGUGCGGGCUUGGCGACAGAUUGCUCAGAGAAUUCGUCUUAAAAAGAGCAACUAUGGGCAUUAAAGGUUUGCAGUGGUUUGUGGCAAACGCUUGCCCUGAUGCAUGUACAAUGGUAAAUCUGAAGGAAAUGGCAGAAAAACAUCACAUCAGUCAUCCUGACUCCUCUCCUGUAAUUGUGGUAGAUGCCAUGGGUUGUAUUCGACACUGGUACACACCAGAAUCCUGGGUCUGUGGUGGCCAGUGGCAAGAGUACCUUGCUAAUUUGCAGGAUUUUAUUAAAGCUUUUAUGGCAGUUGGUAUCAAGCUGGUGUUCUGCUUUGAUGGUGUGGUAGAGCAGAAAAAGAGAGACGAAUGGGUCAAACGAAGAUUGAAGAACAACAAAGAAAUAGCCAGAAUCUUUCAGUUCCUCAAAUCCUAUAGACAACAACCAGGGAGAGGGAUGUUCUUUAUUCCUUCAGGGUUGGCAACUUUUACACGCUUUGCCUUAAAGUCUCUUGAUCAAGAAACAAUAUGUUCAUUGCAAGAGGCAGACUAUGAGGUGGCCACUUAUGGGCUGCAAAAUAAUUGCAUGGGAAUUCUUGGACAAGAUACCGACUAUCUCAUCUAUAACACCUCUCCCUAUUUUUCUAUUAAUAAGCUCUGCUUGGACAGGAUGGUCACUGUUAUGUACUCUAGAGAAAACCUCUGUCAUGCACUGGGCCUCAACAUAACAGACCUCCCUAUUUUUGCUUGCCUGCUUGGGAAUGAUAUAGUUCCAGAAGACAUUUUGGAGGGUUUCUGGCAGAAAUGUGUAGCUUCAUGUCCUCCAAAGAGCCAGAGCUAUGACAAAAGGGCUAACAUAAUUCGAGCUGUAGCAAGCUACAUAUCAAGAAUUCCAUGUUCAUAUGGUAGCCUGAAAGACUUGGAAGAAAUGCUACCUUUGGCAUCAGACAAGAAAUUACUUUACAGGGGAGUGGAGUCCUAUCUCUUGCCUGGCCAACAGUCUCCAUGGCUUCCCCCCAGUGUAUCAAAUUCUCAAAUUCUCAAGCAAGAAACAGCCAUAUGUCUAGAUCAGGAGAUCUUUCAGCUAGCUAAAGAGCAACACGUCAGAGCUGAAAAUUAUAUGGUGUACAAUGUCCUCAGUAAAGGAGAGGUUGAAUGCAGCAAUACAUUGGAAGAUGAACUUGAUACAGAACUUCCUGGACAGGCACUUAUCUACCGUCCAGUUCGACAACAUAUUUAUUCUGUUCUGCUGCAGUCCGGAAAAGACACCUGUGGAACCUAUCCUAUAGUAAAGGAGUGGUUUGUGUACUUUGGGAAUCCAAUGGAGCAACCAGACCUCAUACAACCUAUACAGCUUGACAUCCCAGGUGGAACACCUAGUUUGAGAACAUUGUGGCUCACUAAAGGACCAGAGGUGCAAACACUACGGUAUAGCGUGUUUCUGGCAUGCUUUCACCUUCAGGACAUGGUGGAGGAGUUCCAGUUGCUGGACGCACCUGUUGCGGCUGUCUGCUGUCUGCUGAUUUACCUUACCCUGCAGGUGGACAGUCUCUCUCUGGAGGACUUGAAUGCAUUUGUGGCUCACACUCUGUGCCUUCAGGGGAAGUCAGCUGCUCAGCUAGCAGGUUUGCAGCUUGCCCAGGUUGAUUCCAGAGCUGUACAGCUUGGUUCUCUCUUCAUUCGUGGUCUUACAACUUUGAUUAUGGCCAAUAGUGCCUGUGGCUUUCCAAUGAAUAUGGAUGAUUUGAUGCCCUGGAAGGUGUUUGAUGGAAAGCUUUUUCAAGAGAAAUAUCAGCAGUCACACAGAGGGAGUUCUUUGGAGGAGCUCUUGGAGGGCAAUGGAUCUUUGCACAUGCAGUUCCAGAAUCUGAAGUCAUUCAUUUGCAAGGCUUGUGUGGUAAAGAAAAGAACAAUUCAGAGCAGACAACGAGGGAAUGGAUUUAUCACAGAAAUGCAAGAAGGAGGAAGGGAAUGUAGCUUCCAGCAAGCACACACAACUUCUUUUGUUCCACCGUAUCAUAGUCGGAACAGGGGAUUCCAGUGGAGAGGUCCUCAAUCUUACUUUUAUGGGUCUGAGGCCCAACCUUCAGGUAGAGGACAUCGAGACCAGAGGAGACAUCGAGGCCAGAGGAGAAGGUUCCAGCUUGCUCCCCGGCUGUUUGUAUUUUAGAUGGCCGAGAUGACUUUGUCCUUGACUGGAACUGAAUGAAAAGUGAUAAGAAGACAAGCUAUGUUUUUAUAAAGUACUAUACAUUGAAUAUAAUAAAAAUAAUUUCAGUAUUGCUAUUGUACCAUCAAGAAAAUGAUGUCAAAUUGAAUACACAUUUUAAAAUUGGUGAUGGGAAGGAUUUAGUUACAAACACAUUACCCUGACUUCAUUCAGUGUUUCCAAUCUCAUUUCAUUUUGUACCUGUGAUACUUCUUUUUUCAUUGCUAAUUUAAUGUUUAUAAGAGUAUGUGUUUGUGUUCUGAGGCAAAUUUUGAAUUAGUUAAUUCCCAGUUCCACAGUGAUGGGCACCCAAGCCUCACGAGCACACAUCAACUGGCACAGGCCAGCCGUAGGCUUUUAAUUGCAGUGUAGACAUACCCUAAGAAGUCUUCCCAACCAACUGUGGAUAAACCUUUAUGCCACAUAUGCACACAUUCUAUGUAUGCCACAUCUUUUACAGAAAAAGUAUUUUAGAAGUAUUUCAGAUAGCUUUAAAUACAAAAAAUGUGUUUUUUUUAAAAUAUCUAUCUCUCUGUAAAGUCAGGUGGCUCAAAGAAGAGGAAUAUUAUAGCUAAUACAUUUUAGAAAUUUUUAAAAAUACCUUUAAGCUCACUCAUGUCUCUUCUAGACACAAAACUGUUCACAGCUUUAAAGUCUCAUUCUUAGAUCUUUCAGAGCAAAAAUGAGUGCUGUGUCCCUAUUGGGAAACCUAGUAUUUCCUUUUUCAGUCAUGUAAUGGUCCCAUUUCUGGCCCUUUGCAGUAUUAUACAUCAAACCUUAAACCAGUCAUUGACCAAGAAGAAAAGAUUGCUCAUCCUAGGCCUGGGGCCUCUGUAGUUUUGGAGGACAUUCCAAAUGUGGGGAAGGGGACAAAACAAAUAUUUCUCAUAAAAAUUCAUUUUUUGUCAGCUGUUUGAAGCACAACAGUUGAAAUGAUUUUACCACGUGUGUGUAGAAUGCUCAAAAUGGUCCAACCAGAUAUAAAUUAGUGGACAGUGCACAGGUGUGGCCAUAGGCGGCAGGUUAUAUAUAUUUGGGAUGCCUGAGCACCAGGAAUAUUCAGGGCUGG